AUGCGAGAGCAAGUACUUUGUACCGCCCUGCCAGCCUGCCUGGGCUGGGCUGGCCGGCCUUAUCUGGCGUGGGGCGUCCAGCUGCACCCGCCGGAACGACUCGCGACCGCUGAUUGGCCCGCUGAUCUCGCGCAUCUCCUUGCACCAAAAAAAAGCCAAGCAGCCCAUCACGAGACCUCAAGGCGCCGUUACGGACGCCGACUCAACGACCAUGCCUCGAAUACCGCGGACGGGGACCCUGGCGCCCCUGAGACUGGCGGCUGCGCCUCCGUUUUCCUCGACGAGACCGUGCUUCGCCGCCUCUCGUGCCGUUUCCACCACGUGCGCUACCCGAGCCGACAGCUCAAGCUGGAGACCGAACACGUGUCCAACUUGCCUGACGAGGCGCUCGAGCCGCAGCCGCAGUCGCAGCCGCAGCCGCAACCCGAGGAGACUACCUCCGCUGCGUGGGAAACGCGCCUCGUCCUGCCGCCGAAGCGAACCGAGGCCCUGGUAGAAAAGGAGGUCAAGGCAUCGGAUCCGACCUACGUGCCAGCGACAGACAUUGAGGGCCUCGAGGAGAUCCCCGCUCUCAAGAAUUGGUGGGAUCUGCCGGGGCACUGGGGUGAGGAAAGCGAAUUUAGGGGAUUUGGCGGCGUGGAAAAGGUGACGGCGAGUGCAAUGGUCGAGAUCUACCUGAGAGAGGCUGUUGUCGAGACCCUAGUCCUGAAGCAUACGGGGAAGCUCCAGCGAUCGGCUGGGCGUACGUGGUACCAGGGCGACACGAGGGCACUCCGCCGAGCACUGGCUAUCGGGAUCCAGGUCAGGUCGGGCAAGUUGUGGCUCAAGGGGGAUGUCGACUCGCUAUCGAAGAUGAUAGACCCGUGCGAGGAAGAAGCCGAGACACCCGUCGAGGAAGAAGCCAAAUCACUCGUCGAGGACCAAGUCAAAGCACCCGUCGAGGGGGAAGCGGAAUCACCAUUGCCCGUUGAGGCUAUAGCAGAAUCACCGCCGCCUGAGAUGGUGUCACUCGAGGAGGCGAGGCAAAUGAUCGAGAAAUGGGGCCUGGGCUGGAAGAACAUCAUCCUGGACGACCAGUUCAAAUUUGCGCUGCGAAAACGUCUCUACCAGCUCACGGGCAUUCACAUCCCCGACUCUAGGCUCGGCGCCGUCAACACGGUGCAAGACAUGCUCGUCUUCGCCACCCGAGACCCGAGGCCGCCCAAGCUCGCCGAUGCCCUUCACCGACAAAGGAACCUGCAGCGGCUGCGCAACGUCACGGUGCACAGUCGCAGGGUUGGGCCCAUCGACAAGGAAACAGCGAUUGGCCGCUGGAAGGUGAUUGAAGAGGAGCUCAAGAAGCGCGACCUGCCCGUCAGGGGGACUAUGGGUCUGUCGGGGAACAAGGAGAAGGACUGGCUGACGGGCAAGCUCUGA